GGCGGCGCCCACGAGGAGGACGUGAGGUGGGAGGAGCCAUGUUGUAGGCGGCGGGAGCGGCUCGGUGAGGACGGCAGGGCCGCGUCCGCCCGUACGGCUCAAGGUUUGGAGACCCUCCUCAGGCAGCCUGAAGCGAUCGCGGUGAGAUCCUGCCCGCUCGUCCCGCUUUCUGCGCUCUUGCAUCCUGCCAAGCCGAACCGAAGCAGGCUCAUUCCCACAGGACGUCAAGAUGACAGGAAAAGAGUUUCUUGAACUAGAUUCUCCACAGCAAAGACUAAUUUUGGAAAGAUUUAAGCGGAUGGAAAUCAUAAAAAAGAUGUUCAGUGAGCUUCCUAAAGCAGAUCAGAACCUUUGUAAUCAUGGAAAAUACUUCCUAGCAGCAAAUUCAAGCUUAUGUGGCUUAGUAGCAAAUAAUUUAUUCAGGAGCAUCCUACAUGUCAGAAAAGCUUCCCUGGUGUCUGCUAUGCCAAUGGCCGUUAUUCCAUUUCUUUCAACAGCAGCAGUUUAUGAAGUUUUUGUGCAUGACCCUUUAUUUUCAGGUCAGCUGAACUGUGAGGUCUGUGCUGUGGUCAGAGGAGGAUUAAUAGGUGCUGUUGUGGGUGGCUUCUAUCCCAUUUUCCUGGCUAUCCCCCUGAAUGCAAGCCUUGCAGCCAGGUAUAUGUCAACUCCCUUGCCAGGGAAAGAAAAUCUGUUACGCUACUGGCUCACAACUGCUCAGCCUGUCUUUAGAAAGAUGAGUCUGGGUAUUCUGGUACAGGUUCUGACUGGAUUAUAUCUUGCCACUAAACAGCAUGGAAUAUAUAUCAAAAUGCUGCUGCAGAUGAACAGUAGCAGGGAUUCUGAAGAGCUACCUGAAUGAAGUAAAGCAACUUUUCAAUUGUUUUGGAUAAGUAACCAUAAUAAACAAGAAAAAGAAGUGUC